UCUUUUCUUUCUCUCUCAAAUUCUAUGGCAGCCUCCACUAGCUCAACCACAGCUUGCAAAACCCACCCGAACCUAAUCACCGCGCCGCUCUCAAAACCUUACUCCUCCCGACUGCCCUUCAAGUUCCGGAAAUUUAACUCCCGUGCCACCGCCCCUUCCUCCAUCUCCUGCACUCUCGCCCGAGACUCCGCCGCUGCUGGUCUCCGGAUGGAUAGCCAGAGCGCAAACGGGUCGCUGGCGGGCCUGCCCCGACCCGAUUCCUUUGGCCGGUACGGGAAGUAUGGCGGAAAAUACGUCCCGGAAACGCUAAUGCACGCGCUCACCGAGCUUGAGACGGCGUUUCACGCGCUCGCUCAUGACGAAGAUUUUCAGACAGAGUUGAAUGGCAUUUUGAAGGACUAUGUUGGCAGGGAGACUCCCCUCUAUUUUGCAGAGCGGCUGACUGAACAUUACAAACGUCCUAAUGGUGAGGGGCCACACAUUUACUUGAAAAGAGAGGAUCUUAACCAUACUGGGGCUCACAAGAUCAACAAUGCUGUUGCCCAGGCUCUGUUAGCUAAGAAAUUGGGCAAGAAACGCAUAAUUGCCGAGACUGGAGCUGGUCAACAUGGAGUUGCCACUGCAACAGUCUGUGCUCGGUUUGGAUUGCAGUGUAUCAUCUACAUGGGGGCCCAAGAUAUGGAGAGACAAGCUCUCAAUGUUUUCAGAAUGCGGCUUCUUGGUGCUGAGGUUAGGGGAGUCCAUGCUGGAACAGCCACAUUGAAGGAUGCUACUUCAGAAGCUAUAAGGGACUGGGUUACCAACGUAGAGACAACUCAUUAUAUUUUGGGUUCGGUUGCUGGCCCUCAUCCAUACCCUAUGAUGGUUCGUGAUUUCCACAAGGUAAUUGGUAGAGAAACAAGAAAACAGGCAUUGGAAAAGUGGGGUGGGAAACCAGAUGUUUUGGUAGCUUGUGUAGGUGGUGGCUCAAAUGCUAUGGGACUCUUCCAUGAGUUUGUGGAAGACAAAGACGUUCGAUUGAUUGGGGUGGAAGCUGCAGGCUUUGGAUUGGACAGCGGCAAACAUGCUGCAACCUUAACCAAAGGGGAUGUUGGGGUUUUGCAUGGAGCUAUGAGCUACUUGUUACAGGAUGAAGACGGCCAAAUUAUUGAGCCUCAUUCUAUAAGUGCAGGCUUGGAUUACCCUGGAGUUGGACCGGAGCAUAGUUUUCUGAAAGACUUGGGCCGUGCUGAAUACUAUAGCAUUACAGAUGAUGAAGCAUUGGAGGCCUUUAAAAGAUUGUCACGACUGGAGGGAAUAAUUCCGGCUCUGGAGACUUCUCAUGCACUGGCUUACUUAGAAAAGCUCUGCCCUACUCUUCCUGAUGGGACCAAAGUUGUGCUUAACUGUAGUGGCAGAGGGGAUAAGGAUGUUCAUACUGCCAUCAAACACUUGAAGGUUUGAUGCUGUCAUUACUGAACGAACCACAGUAUUAUCACAGUAAAACUAGGACCACAGGAAAUAAUGUGUCUUAUGUACUUGUCAUAUAGAGCCAUGUUAAUUAGGAAAUCAAUUUGUUGAUUGGGUGAUGAUGUCUCUUGGCAUCAACCAUCCAAGAACAGUUGAUCGCAAAUUUACUUUGAAUGGGAGGACUGUAUUCUACCUUUCUGCAAUGGUUUAAGCCUCUCUUGUCUUGCAAAUUUCUCUGGUUCCUGGACAAUGUCACUUCAAGUUUCUCAAAGAGGAAAAUGCCAAUCUUUUAUGAUUGAA